AUGAUUGCAAGCUCUGAGAGAUGUAACCAAACUCCACCGGGGGCGAAGGUGCCAACACCCACGGAUCCCAAGGAGGGUCCUUUCAAACUCAUUGUUGACAAUAAGGGCAGCGACGCUGGGAAGUAUUUGCCUGACCAGACAUAUGUCGUAAGCAUAAGGGCGUUAGACGAAAAACGACCAUUCAUGAAGUUCAUGAUAACUGCUGAGGGCGCAGGGGACGACAGACAAUCGGACGAUUUGAGGCCGCACAAGGCCGAAGUCGGCUCCCUAAAGCCUUUGCAAGAAGACCAUAUUGCCACUUAUAGCGCGACAUGUCUAAACACUGUAAUGAACGUGGACAAUUCGCUUAAGAAAUCUGUUACGGUGCACUGGAUAUCACCAAAAACAAGUGAGAGAAACCAGAGGGUACGAUUUCGCGCAAUGGUAGCAGAAAAUGAUGAAAAAUGGUAUGCCGGAAGCACAGACCGGGAAGACAAGCUGUCAGUCGUUCUCGAGAAGGACAAAGCGUCCCCUCCCGAUCAGCCUCCGCUACCGCAACUUAACGUGUGCAGACUGUGUAGCGAAGCACGCUAUGAAGUCAUCUUCAAAGGGCAAUGGUCGAGAGGUAAUCACCCCCUCAACUUUCCUGAAAAGCUGGAUGAGAUAGCGUUCGAAACCAUGAUCGGAACGUCACACGAUCGAAACUUUACACUUUGGGAGCAAGGUUACAAAGCUGGAAACGGACUGAGAGUUAUGGUUGUUGACUACGAUGACCUUCCUAUGCACAAUUAUAUAAUAGAACAUAUGAAUCUAGAAGGAGGCACUAGAACGCUCAUUCGAGGCAAACGUCGGCAGUACCCGUACACGUCUGAGCCGCAGCAUGCUUUGUUCAGGGUCAGCAGAAUACACCAUAUGUUCUCUGUCAUCAUUCAAAUGCGACCCUCACCAGAUUGGUUCCUUGGAACGAGCAAGUACGAACUGUGCUCUAAUGAAGGGUGGCUGUCUAAUCACACAAUACCCUUGUACCCUUGGGACGCAGGGGUGAUGAACGGGGUAUCAUACGAUUCAGAAAGAUCUAUAACACAGCCAUCAGACAACAUCAAUAGAGUGGGAGUGGGAUCCUUCGACAAGGCUUCGCCAUUCUUUCAAAUGAAUUUGAAUGAUUUGAAGCCCUUUGCCUAUUUGACAGUGAACAGACUUGACGUUUAUCCUCUUAACCCUGAAGAGUGCCCCAGUGCUGAGGGUGAUGAAGUAAAUGUAAAGCCAUGGGGUGGAAAUGAAGAAGAGGAACAGGAAUUUGAUGACGAGCCGCAAUUGGCCGAAUCGCGGACGAGGUGCUUCAGUGAUUGGGGCGCGUGGUCACCAUGCCGAGGAACGAGUGGCGCGUGCGGUGGUGUCGGCACACAGAUCAGGACUCGUCACGAGGUAUCCGAUGACUACAACGAUUGGGAAGUGAAACCGCUGGCCAAAUGUUACGAUAAUUUAGAAAAUACUUUAUUUGAAUCCCGCGAGUGUUUUGUUGAGUGUUAAAAUUUAAUAAAUGAUUUAGGCAUAGUAUUUACAUACUGUUUAUUGUUUAAGAAAAUAAAUAUGUUUCUUAUUAU